UGCCAACCAGACGACAGGGGUGAGAGUGAAGGCAGGGGUAAAAUAGGGCUUCCAAGAGAAGGGAAUCCAGUGUGCAGAGGCUCUGAAAUGACCUACGAAGAUUCUGACGUGUUCAGGGAAGUCUGCUGGGUUUGGUGUGGUUUGGUGCAUGGCGGAGUGAUGGUGGGAGGUGCAAAGAGAUGAAAUUGAGAGGGCCCAGUUGAAGCAGGAGGAUUGAACUUUAUUCUAGAGGCAAUAAGAGAAAGAGAAAACUGUUUAAGCAGGGGAGGAAACGAUCAGGUUUGUCUCUUACUUGUUCGUUUCGUUACAGACCUCCGGGUUUUGGAAACUGAGGUGCUCCGCUUGCUUAAUCAGAACAGCUCGGGUAGCCUCUGAGCUGAAACACGGCUUUUUUUUUUUUUCAGGUCUAGAAACGGCAUGUUUUCAAUAUACCGAGGGCUACUAAGUUUGAUCCCAGUGCCCAUUUGUGCUAAUGACGUUGGCCAGGGACGCCAAUUUACUACCCUGACCCUCUCCUUCAAAUAUUGUCUCUGUCUCUUUGGCUAGGGUUGGACAUGUUCUGACACCUUUCGUCUCUUUGAACCCCAUUUUUCCGUUCUGAUAAUCUUUUUCUUCAGUUAUGCUGACCAUGUCUUUAAAUACAUUGCUAACGUUUUAGCUCAUCCCACCCUACGUUUUAAUCCCUCAGAUGCAGACAACGCAGACAGCCACGCCCACUCAAUAAAUUUCCGAAACAGAAAGUUUGUCUGCAACAGCGCGCCGUACUGACGUAGCAGUGCGCAGGCGCAGUCCCGGCUCCUGGCGGCGUGUUCAUCUUUUCCUCGGUUCCCAGUGUUCUGGCAGGUCAGGAACCCCGGCUCUUCGCCUUUCAGCGCGGCUUGUCCUUUGCUCCGGACGCCCGCUCCUCAGCCCUGCGGCUCCUGGGGUCGCUGCUGCAUCCCGCACGCCUCCACCGGCUACAGACCCAUGGCCGAGCGCGGGGAACUCGACUUGACCGGCGCCAAACAGAACACAGGAGUGUGGCUAGUCAAGGUUCCUAAAUAUUUGUCACAGCAAUGGGCUAAAGCCUCUGGAAGAGGUGAAGUUGGGAAACUGCGGAUUGCCAAGACUCAAGGAAGGACUGAGGUGUCAUUUACUUUGAAUGAGGAUCUUGCAAAUAUUCAUGAUAUUGGUGGAAAACCAGCUUCAGUCAGUGCUCCUAGAGAACAUCCAUUUGUCUUGCAAAGUGUUGGAGGACAGACAUUAACAGUAUUUACUGAGAGCUCAUCAGAUAAGCUGUCAUUGGAAGGAAUAGUGGUACAAAGAGCUGAAUGCCGACCAGCUGCCAGUGAAAACUACAUGCGAUUAAAAAGAUUGCAAAUAGAAGAGUCUUCCAAACCUGUGAGGCUAUCACAACAGCUGGACAAAGUUGUAACAACCAAUUACAAACCUGUUGCUAAUCAUCAAUACAAUAUUGAAUAUGAAAGGAAAAAGAAAGAAGACGGAAAGCGAGCUCGAGCUGAUAAACAACAUGUUUUAGACAUGCUAUUUUCAGCCUUUGAGAAACAUCAAUACUAUAAUCUUAAGGACUUGGUGGACAUCACAAAACAACCUGUGGUGUACCUGAAGGAAAUCUUAAAAGAAAUUGGUGUUCAGAAUGUAAAAGGGAUCCACAAAAACACAUGGGAGCUGAAGCCAGAGUACAGACACUAUCAAGGAGAAGAAAAGAGUGACUAAGAAGACUCCUAGCCAGCAUGCUAGUGAAACGACUAGCAGCGAUGCUAUGCAAAAGGCUCUGAUACUGGAAGGCUUGAACACUGUAUGUUAAUAGGGGUUAAGUGACAGUACUUUCAUUUCUCUCGGUAAAUUUUUUAAACCUGUAAUUCUUGUAAAGUUUCUUAACUUUUUUUUUGAGGAGAAAGAACAAAUUUAUUUAUAGACUUAACUUGUAUUAAACCAGAUUAUUCACAAUAGGAACAGGGGUUGGAGGAUUAAGAGGGUUUUUCUUAAAUAUUAGCUUUUAAUGUGUACAAUUAGGAAAUUUUUUUAAGUGAGGACUCUCUACCCUUGCCGUAUCUAAGGAGCUGAGGUAAUACAGAUCCAAGGAGAAUUGUAUAGCAAGAAAAAAACAGUCAACUACAGAAACUCUUAAAAGGAAUAAAAACCCAAAGUUCCUUAUUUUGAAAUUGUCAAAGAACAAAGCGGUGUUUUUCUUUUAAACAGGUGAUCAUGUUUCGUGUUCAUACUCAACGUUAAUAAAAGGAGAGAGUUUGUAGUGAAA